CACAACCUUGUUUCAUGCAACUGUGAGGCGUUGCAUGGUCCAACGACUCAUUGAAAGACACCGUCAUUUUAGGAGAUACGCCGUUUAUUUGAUCGCAUUCAACGAAACCCGCGGAUAAGCUUGUUUUCUAUUUGCGCUUUUAGCGGUGAAGCAAACUCAGGAUUAUCGAAAGAACCAUUAUGGCGACUGCAACUCCAAGUCGUGAAGCUGGCCGGCCGGCGGCCUCUACUCCUCUCUCCCCGACCCGGAUCUCUCGGUUGCAGGAGAAACAAGACCUGCAGCAUCUGAACGACAGACUCGCCGUCUACAUCGACCGUGUCCGGUCAUUGGAGCUGGAGAAUGACCGGCUGAUCGUCAAAGUGUCCGAGAAAGAGGAUGUGACUACUAGAGAGGUGUCAGGUCUGAAGUCUCUGUAUGAGGCAGAGUUAGCUGAUGCUCGACGUGUUCUCGACGACACUGCUAAAGAGAGAGCCAGGCUCCAGAUAGACCUGGGCAAGGCUCAGGCUGACCUGGAAGAAGCCACGCGCAGUGUCAAGAAGAAGGAUGGUGAUCUUGCUGCAGCACUGUCCAGGGCCAGUGGUUUGGAAGGCCAGCUUCACAAGAGUGAAGCAGCUCUUUCUACAGCUGUAAGCCAGAAUGCUGCGCUGACUUCUGAGCUAGCUGAUGUCAAGAGCCUGCUGGCUAAGGCAGAGGACAGCCAUGCUGUUGCUAAGCGCCAGCUGGAGGCAGAGACACUGAUGCGUGUAGACUCGGAGAACCGUUGUCAAUCACUGAGUGAGGAGCUGGAGUUCAGGAAGAGCAUGUUUGAAGAGGAGGUGCGUGACUCGAGGAGUCGACAGGAGCAGAGAAUCGUGGAGGUGGAUUCUGGAGUCAGACAGGACUAUGAGUUCAAACUGGCGCAAGCUUUACAGGACUUAAGGAAUCAACAUGACGAGCAAGUUUUUCUCUACAAGGAAGAACUGGAGCAAACCUUCCAGGCCAAGUUGGAUAAUGCCAAAGGGUCCUCAGAGAUGAAUGACAGGGCAGUGAGCACAGCCAGGGAGGAGGUGCAGGAGUCCCGUAUGAGAAUAGAGAGCCUUGGAUAUCAGCUGAAUGCCCUGCAGAAACAGGUGGCUACCUCAGAGGAUCGUAUCAGAGAGCUAGAAGAAAUUCUGUCGGCAGAGCGGGACAAGCACCGUUAUGCCAUCGAAGCAAAAGAACAGGAGAUGAGUGAACUGAGAGAGAGGAUGAACACUCAGCUCAGUGAAUAUCAGGAGCUGCUGGAUGUGAAGCUUGCUCUUGAUAUGGAGAUCAAUGCAUACAGGAAACUGCUGGAGGGAGAGGAGCACAGACUGAAGCUCUCCCCCAGCCCAUCAGCUCGAGUCACUGUUUCCAGGAAGACAGGAUCUUCCUCCUCACACUCAUCCAAGAGGAAGAGAGUGGAUGGUAUGGAAGUGCCCGAUGUGGCAAGAGGAGAGGACCAGCUGCUAGUGUCGGAAGAGGCCACAGCUAGUGGAGCAGUCACCCUAUCACCCACUGACAUGGAUGGAAAUGCAGUUACACUGACUAAUGAUACUGAGCAGGACCAGCCUUUGGGCAACUGGAGGUUGAAGAGACAGGUUGACGAUGGGGAUGAGAUUGUCUACAAGUUCUCCCCAAAGUUUAUCCUAAAGGCUGGACAGUCAGUGACGGUAUGGUCUGCUGAUGCCGGCGUGGCCCACAGUCCCCCAUCUGACUUGCUGUGGAAGAGCCAGGCUUCCUGGGGCACAGGAGAUGACAUAGUGACUUCUUUGAGCAACACUGAUGGCGAGGAGGUGGCCAGGAGGAGUGUAAUUAAGACUCAGCUGGAGGUGGAGAAUGGAGAGGAGGAGGAGGAAGAAGAACAGACAGGCAAGGUGUCAUCCAGAGAGUGCGCCAUCAUGUGAAGCCUUCCUGCUCUGCUGAUGGCUUUGACUCCCCGACUCUAUCAGAUUUGAUCCUGUCUAGUGCUUCAUCAUUUGGUGUUUUUAUUGUCCAAGACAAUGUAAGAAACUUUUGGACAUAUAGGCUCCCUUUUUACUGCUCUCUAUAUUUUGGGCCUGCUUUAAUAUGAAUAAUUUCCCUAAAUGUAACUUCACAAUGCCAUCAUGUGUGCGCCAAGCAACGAUGAUGGAUCCAAACUGUCAGACUGUGGUGUUCAAGCCGAAUAUUCACACUCCUGCGAUUAGUACUCUACAUGCUCAGAUUUCUUUUGUUGUUAAGAUGAGGACUUACUAUCUAUAGCCAUGAAGAUAGAACAAAUUAAUAACUUGAGUGUUAAACAUGUCAUGAGAAAAAUGUCUUCUCCCUCCAAAAUCAAAACAUUUUGUUCAACAAUAGGUCUUGCAUUGUUUCCCAUCUAUAACGUGCAUGUGUGGUUACCCAGAUAAACAUUACGCACAUUUUACUUAAAUAUUUUCAUUCAUCCUCAUUUGAAGAUGAAUAGAAAUACAGUUAUAACUGGGGUUUUAUUCAUUCGUUUAUCAAAGCCUUUUGAAAUUCAGCUUUCUUUUGUGAUUGUGCUAAAAACAUAAUUCCCCUGAAGAAAACUUUGCAUGUUUUUGACUGCAGUAGAAGACCACUAAGAAUAUAUAAUCCAAAUCUUUGUUGUUACAUGACCUGCUCUCAGAAUCCUGAUCACACUCCUGAAGCAGGUACACACUCCAUCCUUCUGCUGUCUCUGUCUCCUGUUCCUUCAUUCUGCUUUACCUCUGGAAAGAAAGCAGGGAAGCUUGAUUGUUCAUCUGAUCGGCCUUACUUGGCAGAACUGAAUAAAACUAGAGACAAACAUCUGAUACUUAAUAGAAAGGUUUGAAGUCAUGUGAUAUCUUCCACUUAAAAUGUUGCUAUUAGCUGGAGGGGCUCCCUACAGCACGGCCUAUUCUUAAGCAGAAACACUACAUUUAUCUUGACUAACAACCUUUGACGUCUGAAGCAAUUAUACUCAUUAGCCAUAACAACCCUUUACUGGUAUAAAAGGCCGAUCACUGUAUAUCUGUGGCCUGUUUGAAAGGCAUUCUGAAUCAUCAGUAACAUGAUUUGAAACUCAGUUUGUAGUUGAAUGCAAAUACAUUGAUCACAUACAACAUGAAAACACUUUGUAAUGUGUUAAUGUUGUGGCUGAUCUCUACUGCCUUUUGUGGUCUGGUCUGUGUCCUGGCAGUGACCUCAGUGACUCCAGCCCAGUGAGCCCAGUUUUUUGAAGAUGUGUUGUGCUACCUGGGAGCCCUUUUGUCUUCCUCCUGCUUGCCUGGUGACAUUAGGGACGUAUCCAAUAAUUCAUACAAAUAUUUGGGGAUGAAAACCUCGAACAUGCAGAAUCUAAAGACCUGCAACAUAGAACGUAAAGAAAUUCAGAGAGGUGACACUGAACAGACUUUGGGGAUCACCACAUGUAACUUGGCAGUGCAGUGGGUAGUCUCAGUUAAACCAGAGACCUGUACUGUAUGAUAAGUUGGCAUGUUUGCGGCCAUUUAAUUUGUUUACUCAUGAUGUGUAGAGGUGUUUCUCGGACAUGUCAGCUCUUUUGCUACCAGGUUAGGACAGAGUGGCUGACUUCCUGUCGUAAUGCUGAAAGGCUUUGUCCAUCACAAAUGUUAAACUGACAACAUUGCCUCCAUUUUUUUUUUAAUAUGCAUGAGGUGAGCAGUGAAAGCAACACUCGUAUGAUACAGUUAUAUUAUCUUUGUUCUCAUGAGUUAUUUUGAAUUGCAGAACAUUGUACAAGUGUUGCUCUCACACCUUGUGUGCCAUCUUGGGAAACUCAGUUUUUUUGUAUUUUGUGUGUGUUUGUAUGCUGUGCUUUACAAUGCUAGUUAUUUUUAUAUAGCUUUGUUGUCUUUGUAAUCAGUUUAUUUACAUAAAAUGUUUCAUUUAUUUUGUAUUUCGUAUUUUCCUGGGUGAUUAAUAGGCCGGGUGCUCAUGACUAAACUCACUCUUCGGCUCUGGUAUAUUUCAGAAUUUUGAUAAAAAACAAUCCUGAACACUACUUCUGUACUGUUCUUUUGUGAGUUUACUGAAGGAUAUGAAAAUGAUAAAUAAGUUUCAUGUUGACAGAAGCAAUCACUUCCUGUAUAAGACCUGAUUAGUGACCGACUUUGAACAUGCAUACAAUAUAGGUGAAGUCUGGCAAUGUAAGACUGACUGACUUUGGAGAUAAUACUGAUCAGAUUUCAAAAGCUCUGAAAAUUGAGACUUUGAGGUUUUUACUAUACACUGAUAAUUCAGUCCCAUCAGAAAUCCAGUACUUCAGUUGAAACAUUACGAAUGAAUGUAAAUUCAACCGAUACCUGCGACAUUUUCAGGAGAUUUGUUUUAAUUAUAUAAACUGGUGAAAAGGCCAGUGCUACCUUGCAGUACCAAUCACUGCAGUUUUUUAAGAUAUAUAUUUAUAAUUCCAUUUAAUAUACACCAUUUAUCACAAACCAAAGCCAAACAAUUAAAUUUGAAUGCCAACAACAAUUAAUUCCUUGACAAAAAUGGAGGAUAUAUUUUAUUUGGGUACGCUUGUUGCAUAUUAGUGUGCAGGAUUGGUUGGUUAAACAGUCACUUUCUGCAGACGAUUUGCAAACAUUAAACUUAAUUUGAGUUUUUAACUGGUCAUAUCCUAGAGGGACUGUGUGAUGUCUUCUGUCUGACUAGUUCUGCUCCACAAUGCGUAGAUGUGACUGUGAUAGCUCAUGAACUGUAAACAUCAGGCUUUAAUCAGUAAAGCAGAGACCUGGUUUAUGUAGGGAGGGCGGGAGCAUGCUAAAUGUCAGUUUUCAUUCAUGUUUAACUUGUUGAACUACUUUUUGUACACACAAUAAAUGUUUUACAUAUA